CCCUCCUCUUUCUCUCGCUCUCCUCCUAUAUAUACUCUAAAGUUAUAUCUCUUGUAAAUUAUACUUUUUUGCUGUCUUCUCAUAUUCUUUCUUUCUCUUUCCCAAUCUUUCUACUUUCACCAGCCAAAUUUAUAUAUCAGAAAAAAUUGCAGUAUUUCAAACAAAUCCUAAGCAGCAGCUGCAGCAGCAGGCACUUGUCAUACAAACACACAGAUUUUAUCCACUUUAAGUAACGGUUUUUUACUAUCCCCAUUUUGCCCUCUCUUUACGACCAUCUCUCCCUUUCAAUGCUCUUCUUCAUCUACUUCCAAAACAUCCUUGAACUCCACUAGAUCUUCUCCAGGUUACCCACUGCCCUUUUUUAUCAGCUUUACCAUAAAAACUUAAAAAAUAAUAAUAAUAAUAAUAUUUAGGAUCUCUUUCAAGAAAUAUGAUUGGUUGGAGAGAUCUUUACACCGUUUUAACAGCGGUGAUUCCACUGUACGUGGCUAUGAUCUUAGCUUACGGCUCUGUCCGUUGGUGGAAGAUUUUCUCAUCUGACCAGUGCUCCGGAAUCAAUCGCUUUGUCGCCAUAUUUGCGGUUCCUCUCUUGUCUUUCCAUUUCAUUUCCACAAACGACCCGUACGCCAUGAACUUUAGGUUCAUAGCAGCCGACACCCUUCAAAAAAUCAUCAUGUUAUUUGUUCUUGGCUUGUGGACUAAUUUCACUAGAAACGGAAGUCUUGAAUGGAUGAUCACGAUUUUCUCUUUAUCCACUCUUCCAAACACUCUAGUCAUGGGCAUUCCUCUAUUAAUCGCUAUGUACGGUAAGUACUCGGGGAUGCUAAUGGUUCAGGUGGUGGUUCUCCAGUGUAUUAUUUGGUACACUCUUCUUCUUUUCCUUUUCGAGUACCGUGGUGCCAAAAUCCUUAUCAUGGAGCAGUUUCCCGAAACUGCAGCUUCCAUAGUUUCCUUUAAAGUUGAUUCCGAUGUGGUUUCACUUGAUGGCCGUGAUUUUCUUGAAACCGACGCUGAAAUUGGCGAAGACGGGAAACUUCAUGUUACUGUGAGGAAAUCUAAUGCUUCCAGGAGGUCCUUGGGGCCUUGUUCCCUUCCUGCAUUGACUCCCAGGCCAUCGAACCUUACUGGAGCUGAGAUAUACAGCUUGAGCUCGUCUCGGAAUCCGACUCCAAGAGGUUCGAAUUUUAACAAUUCGGACUUCUAUUCCAUGAUGGGUAUUCAAGGAUUUCCUGGAAGGCAGUCUAAUUUCGGUCCAGCUGAUUUGUACUCUGUUCAAUCCUCAAGAGGCCCUACUCCGAGACCAUCAAAUUUUGAAGAAAAUUGUACCGUCCUGUCUCCAAGAUUUGGAUUUUAUCCAGCGCAAACAGUUCCUACAUCAUACCCUGCUCCAAAUCCUGAAUUUUCAUCCGUGACAAAGAACGCUAGUACUAAAAAUAGCCAGCCACAGCAGCAACAGCAACAAAUUCAUCAGCAGCAACUGCAGCAGCAGCAGCAGCUGCAGAAGGAGAAUAAUAAAGUAAAUCAUGAUGCAAAGGAGUUGCACAUGUUUGUUUGGAGUUCCAGUGCUUCACCAGUAUCAGAAGGCGGUGGACUUCACGUCUUUGGUGGGACAGAUUUUGGAGCGUCCGAGCAAUCUGGAAGGUCUGAUCAAGGAGCUAAAGAGAUCAGGAUGUUGGUUGCAGAUCACCCUCAAAACGGGGAAAACAAAGCCAGCGGUGACUUCAAUGGAGAGGACUUUAGCUUUGCUGGAAGAGAUGGGGAGGAGGAGAGGGAAAAAGAAGGGCCUAAUGGACUCAAUAAGUUGGGGUCCAGUUCAACAGCUGAGCUGCACCCUAAAGCCUCCGGAGCACCGGAGUCGGGUGUUGGCAAACAAAUGCCACCGGCGAGUGUAAUGACCCGCCUGAUCUUGAUUAUGGUCUGGCGCAAGCUUAUCCGAAACCCAAACACAUAUUCCAGCCUCAUUGGACUUGUUUGGUCCCUUAUUGCUUUUAGGUGGCAUGUGAGUAUGCCGAAAAUAUUAGAGAAGUCUAUCUCCAUCCUGUCAGAUGCUGGGCUAGGAAUGGCCAUGUUUAGCUUAGGUCUGUUUAUGGCUCUGCAACCCAAGAUCAUCGCUUGUGGGAACUCCGUAGCUGCCUUUGCCAUGGCAGUUAGGUUCUUGACCGGUCCGGCUGUCAUGGCUGCUGCUUCAAUUGCAGUAGGGUUGCGUGGCACGCUCCUCCGCAUCGCCAUUGUUCAGGCUGCUCUGCCACAAGGAAUUGUACCAUUUGUGUUCGCCAAAGAGUACAAUGUCCACCCUGCAAUUCUUAGCACUGCGAUUAUGAGGGUCUUUUUCUUCCCCAUAGUAAACCAGAAAAUCAGGGGAAUCUUCGUGGGUUUGAUUGCCUGUUAUACGAUUGGGAGCAUUGAUCACAACAGAUUACGUUCUAAAGUAUAACAUGAGGAUUUUCCGGCAAAGAAGAUUUUAGUACAAAAAGAAUUUGCCAAAGAGUUCCAAAUUUUUUGGAACUAGCUUAGCUAAAGAUAUUUGAGUUAGUGAUGUCCCCCUGAUAUAAGGAUCAUGCCGCCAUUAAAAGCCAAGUUCAUCCAGUUUCCUAGAGUUUCGAGAAGAAAAAAAAAAAAGAAAAAGAAAAGAAGGCCAAUGCAGCACAAGGGAGACAUUGAAGAGGAAAACGAGGGAAAAAUGAGGUUGGCACUUGAUAUCCAAUUAAUUCUCUUCAUUCCCCUUUUGCUUUGUUGUAAAGUUUGAUAUUCAAAGUUAAUGUCUAUAUUGCUAAGCGACAAGGGAUAUGACUAAUGAAAUGAAGUUGCAAAGGGUUUUCUUUUUUUUUUUUUUUUUUUCUAGUAUUUCUUUUGUUCUUAGUGUUGGUUUUGAUUGUCCGUAGAACCGGCAAUUAUUUGCGUUUGUCGUCUUUCUUUGGUUUUGUACUCUAAUUUGUUUAGGAUAUUAAAAAAAGAUUCAAAAGGAGUUCAU